AGAACGGCGUCCCCGGCACAAUCCCUGAUUCCAUGCCAGGAAACCAGUUUAGCCACCGGACGUUUUCUUGCCAGCUAUUCUACAUCUUGCUGGCCGACCAUGGAGAACUCUCUCAUCAGAUGUGGGACCCAGCUUGCUAGAGCCGGUUGGCCGCAACGACAAGGGCUCCCCUCAGGUUCAGGGUUCGUCCAAUCCGGAAGAGCGGAGUCCUUUUCCAGCAUUUCUCGUCCAAGGUGAGUAGAUCGAUCCGGUCAACUCUUCCAGGUUCAACGCGGCCACAAUACUUGGUUGUGUCAAACUGCAGGAUGGCAUAAAAGGGGUUCCCCGGGCCCAAAGGCAAGCAGACGGGUGUCAUGUCUGACGCGGUCUAAUUGGAUCGACCUUCGAAAAAAUGUCCGCUUGCUACGAGCUGUUGCCUAGUCGCACUCUUCCAUUCCCUGUUCAGGGUGGACUGCCCGCCCUUACCGAGAUCGAUGGGCUGUUCAACUUCCGCGACGCCGGGGGAUUUCGAGCGACCGGCGGAGGGUUCACCAGGAAGGGGCUGAUCUUCCGCUCAGCCAAUACGGAGAAUAUCACCCAAGCCGGGGCGCUCAAGCUGACGAAAGCGUAUGGAAUUCGAGCGAUAUUCGACUUGCGCUCCGCGGGUGAAGUGGGUGAUGUGGUCCAGCAAAGUCGCCACCUCGCCGAUGUCCCUACUGUCCGAGUCCCAGCGCUCUCGAACCUGGACGAUGACGAGAUCGUGGCCUAUUGGGAGGGUCUGGCCACGGACGAUGCGCCGUUGUUCGCCGUAGACCUAUACAUGUGGAUCUGUGCCAUGUCAAAUAGCGCCUUCCGCACCAUUUUUACACAUCUGCGGGACAAGCCCGGCCAUCCAGUCUUGAUCCAUUGCGAAAUGGGAAAAGAUCGGACUGGGGUUUGCGUGGCGGUGAUUCUUCUGGUGCUGGGGGUUUCCGACCAGGAUAUUAUACGCGAUUAUCAGCUGUCCCAAGAGGCUAUCAAGCCGAUCGUCCCCGAGAGGCGGCGGAAACUGUUGCGGUUACCGAUCCUGCAGAGAACCUCGGUGUCGAUGGCCACAAUCGACAAGCAUUUCCUGGCGUCGCCGGAAACCAUGCGCCAGUUUUUGGCGAGCUUCCGAACGACGUAUGGCAGUGGCCAGAACUACUUGUUGUCCCUCGGCUUCAGCGUCGAUGAUUGCAAUGCCAUUCGCCGGAACCUGAUCGAGUAUUCCCAGUUCUGCUAGCGGGUAUCUGGAGCCUUGGGGGUCCUGUCAUUUUAGUUGUUUCGUCCCGGGUAUUCUAUCAUCAAUACAGGGGCCACCAUGGUCGAUGAA